AUGUUUUCUCCAUUAAAUCAUGCGGCGCAUGCUACUAGGGGCUUUCGAUCUGGAUCGAAGGUUUUCUUGAGUAACUAUUCGUCGUCCGCCGUUAAACUAACACCACAAACGAGACGAUUAAUCACAUGGAAAAGGGUACUCUUAGCCACAGCUGUAACUGGAACCACUCUUUAUUACACAAAUGAUACGGCGCAUAGUUUGAUGAGGCAUAUUGCUAUGACUGGGCGCAGAAUUGGUGUCGUAACCCAAGCGACUGUGCGGUGUUUAUACCACUAUCAGAAGACUUUGGACGGUCAUUAUGAUACAGAACUCAAUCGUCGCGAAGCCCUGAAAAAGUGUCAUAAGCUAUGCGCUGACAUUACUCUUCGAGCACUUGAGUCCAAUGGGGGAAUUUACAUCAAACUGGGACAGCACAUAGGAGCAUUAACUUACCUCCUCCCGGUUGAAUGGACAGAUACAAUGAUACCACUGCAAGAUAAAUGCCCUCAGUCAACGCUUGAAGAGAUUAACGAUAUGUUUAGACAAGAUCUAAAGGUGGAUUUGAAAGACAUGUUUAUUAAAUUCGACCCAGAACCCAUCGGAGUUGCAUCGUUGGCUCAAGUUCAUACUGCAACACUAAGAUCAACUGGCGAGAGGGUUGCGGUGAAAUGCCAACAUCCUUCACUGAAGGAGUUUGUACCAAUAGACGUACUUAUGACGCAGACGGUAUUCAACGUGUUGGACUUUGUAUUUCCUGAUUAUCCAUUGACUUGGCUCAGUGACGAACUGCAGAAUUCGAUUUAUGUAGAGUUGGAUUUUACAAAAGAAGCAGAAAACUCCAAGCACACAGCAGAGUAUUUUUCAAGCUAUUUGAAAGAAACGGCGCUUAGGAUUCCUAAAGUUGUAUCUGCGAAUAAAAGAAUUCUAGUCAUGGAAUAUCUCGAGGGCCAUAGAUUGGAUGACCCUCAUUACUUGGAUGAAAAUCACAUUUCUCGAGCAGAAGUCUCUUCAUGCCUGUCCCAUAUUUUCAACAACAUGAUUUUCACUCCUAAUGUAGGGAUACAUUGUGACCCCCAUGGAGGUAAUUUAGCCAUUAGGUAUUUGCCCAAAGCAAGAGGCCAUCAUAAUUUUGAGAUAAUUCUCUAUGAUCAUGGUUUAUACAGAUACCCAACCACUGAAACGAGAAGAAACUACGCCAAGUUCUGGUUAGCCUUACUGGACAAUGACGAAGCAAACAUGAAAAAAUAUGCUAUGAAAUUUGCGAACAUAAAGGAGGAGCAGUUUCCCCUGUUUGCAGCAGCGAUUACUGGGCGCAGUAUUGAUGCAGCCCUGUCUCCUGACAUUACGAAACCUCGAUCGGAUGAGGAAAUAAGAGUUAUGACAAAGGCUUUAACCCAAGGGACACUUUUCGUAGACCUCAUGGGAAUCCUCUCAAAAGUUCCCAGAAUAGUGCUUUUGAUUUUGAAAACUAAUGAUCUUACAAGGCACUUGGAUGAAUGCUUAAACAAUCCUCUUGGACCGGAGCGCACUUUUUUGAUCUUGAGUCAAUAUUGCGCGCGUACCGUCUAUGAUGAAUCUCGUCAAAAAAUCAGUCAUGAUCAUGUUAAAUGGUCCUUACAGUGGAUUCUCUGUGAAAUUCACGCCUGGUGGGAAUAUGAAAGGAGAAAAAACCAACUGGUUUUUUAUGAUAUUGCUUUGUGGUGGAGAAGACAUUUCCAGAAGGCCUCAAGCGUGUAA